GUACACCUUAUAACUAUUCUUUGAAGUGGGUGUUGCUAUCAAAUUUGUUUAGUAAUAUACAUUUUUCACUUGUGAGAAUUAAGGUAAAGGUAUUGGUUGAAUUUUUUAUUUUUAUUUUAGUGUUUGGAUACUCGUUCCUUUUAAAAAUGGGAAAACACAAUACUAGAUAAAAACGUGAAAAACUUUCUUGUGCUAACAUUACAAAUCAGUGUGUGUAGCGUUGUCUGUCUCUCAAACGCAAGACUCAUUCACCGCCACCGUUCGCCGAGAUCUUUCCCCAUUCACCAAGAUGGCUGGAGUUUUAGGAUUUGCAAGGCUUCCACCCAAGGCAAAGAAUUUCGUAGUUGCCGGGGGUUUGACAGCAUUUGUCUUCGGGACCUACUACUACACCAUGAGAGCUGUUGGAGGUACUGAUGAGCUGCAAGUAGCAAUUGACAAGUUUGAAGCUGACAAGAGCAAGCAGGAGGGUGAUCCAAGCGUGCCGUCAAAGGUCUAGAGAUGUUUUCUUGUGGAACAAAAACAAUACUUUGUGUGUAUUCACUAUUUUGCUUUUCAGCAUCAUAAGAAAAAUAUAUUUUCAAUCUAGUGCAUAAUAAGUUCAACCAGUUUUGUGUACAAAAACUGUGUGGUAGGGAAAUUACAAUUGAGGUUCUUUUUUAGCCUUGCUGAGA